UUACUCAUGCACGUACCUAUAAACAUAUAUAGAUUUACAUACACACACACACACUACAUGAUAUACCUAGUAUAUAUCACAGAAACGUACAUUAAUAACGCAGACUGCUAAAGAUUUUCGAUUCACUCAACCGUGUGGUGUCGAAGGAGAAACAUAUUUAUAGAUUUUCAUGGUAAAAUCACCAACAAUGACGGCUGCGAGUAAACAUGAUUUGCCUCACUUUGUGGCCAUUAACAGGAUUAUGAAAUUACCGGUGGUAUCAUCAGGUGUCAACAAAGUGACAUACGUUUAUGUAAAAGUUAAGAUGUCAAAUAGAGUGAUUGGAUACAGCUUGGAAAGCGCAGAAAAGACCGUUUUGAGUGUAGUGGACAUGACUGUUCCAUUAGUAAUCAAAUUUGAAGAUCCGAUUAAUAGAAUUGACGAUAUUAUGUGUAAGUCAUUGGAUGUCGUCGAGCAAAAUAUACCAAUGGUCACUUACACUCCAGAAGAGAUUUAUUUCACAACCAAGACCUAUGUCAAAGCCAAAGUCGAGCCGGUUCUAAAACGCGCUGACUCCGUAAAGCAGCUCACUAUGUUAGACGACGCAUUGAGCGUGGCUGAUAAAUACGUGGACAAAUACUUGCCAGAUAAGGAUCCAGGCGAAGACGUCGCCGAUAAACCGAUCCCGAUUUAUAUCCAAUUUCGGCAAUAUAUUGAGUUGUUGUUGCCUACUGCAGGUACAGAAACGUCUAGUCAGGCAGUGAAGACCAUAAGACACGUCAACCAUUUUUCCAGAAAAUUGCAAAGGCGCUUGACACGUAGAACGAUUGCCGAGGCUAAGCUGCUCAAAAAACAGGGAUAUGAUACCGUUCAAUGCUUCGUGUAUUUUGCAGAUCUCUUGGCCAAAGAUCCUAAAGCGUUUUCGGAAAAAAUGAAAGCCAUAUGGAAACACCUUAGCGAGGAUGAACCAGAAAAUCAAAAGCCACCGGAAAACAUUGAACAGCUCAUCGAAAUGUUAUCGAGGGAGGGAGCUAGGCGUUUCGUGCACGUGACAAACUUUUUGGCCAAAAACGUCAGUAUGGGACCUACAUAUUUGGGAAAUGCAUUCACCUACGCUACCCAGGAGGCUGCCAACUUGGCGGACCAAAUUAUAAAGUACGCCCAUUUGGAAAAUGCAAAAGGUACAAUUGUGAAAUUUACCAAUGAGCAGUUGGCCAAGUAUAAGACAUUUAUUGAAGAUCUAAGGAAAAUGAUAUUGGAGUAUUUAUCGUCAGCAUCUUCAAAAGUAAAUGAUUCUAAAAAGAAAGAAACUGAAAAAGACAAUAAAAACACCGUUGCGGUUGCAAACGUCAAACCUCCAAAAGCCAAUAAGGCGAAUACUGCACCUGCACCAUCCCAAACUACAACUGUUGCCAAUGUAACGACCAACGGAAAAUCUUAAUUUUAAGUUUUUUUUUAAAUAUUCAACCAUCGAAUACUGCAUAAUAUUUUUGUCAGUUAUAUUUAUUUUAUUUUAUACGCAUCUGAUUUUUAGAAUUCUUUGUACUUUUGUUUUGUUUUUAUCUUAUUUUUUUAUAAUAUGUGAACUUAUUGCAGUAUAAUAUAAUACAUGAUAUAAUGCAAUUAUAAAAUAUUGUUUUGAUUUUAUAAGUGUAUGUUUUACACACAAAUAUUUAUAAUUUGUAUUAGAAAACAAAUAUAUAAAUUAUGUUGUAUUGUUAUUUAUAAAUAUAUUUAAUUUUGUAUUCAAUA